UUUAUAAUUGAUAAAAUUUCGCAGGCUAAUAAUAACAAUAAAAAAGCAAAUCGUACCGUGGCUUGCGGAUUUUACCGAUUUGAAAGCGAUACCAAAGUCGUGGAAAAGAGUUCAAUUAAUCAGUAACAAUGGUAGCUAAAAGCCCCAAUCCCGAGAAAAUGGCGAAAAGCAAACAGUCCCACAUCGCAUCAGUGUGGAAUCGUGCUAUAAAACCCAACUCAGAAUGGACAGAAAAGGACGAUUUUCUGGAUGUCGUGUACUGGGCCCGGCAAGUGCUCAGCAUUCUCAUCGGCAUAGUAAUGGGUCUCAUUCCGUUGAAAGGCUUCAUCGCACUUGCUUUGUUUGCUCUACUGAAUUGUGGAGCCGUCUAUCUGUACAGCACUAGCUUCCAAAAUAUUGACGAGGAUGCGUAUGGCGGCAUGUGGGAAGUUGUAAAAGAAGGCUUCAUGACAUCUUUCGCGUGCUUUUUGGUCACGUGGAUUAUCUUUUACACCGGCAUCCAUUUCGAUAGCGUAGUCAUAGAAAAGAGUAUAUAGAGAUAAAGCAAAAAAAGAAGAAAAGAAAAGAUUUAACUAUAAAGGAAUGGUAAACUGAAGCGAAAAAUAAUACACCCGUUGUUGAUUAAUUUAUUAUACUGUUACAAUUCCCUACUACAUACACACUCAUGAAACUAAAUCCGGCAACAUGAAGCAUCCUCAAUUAUACAUAUCUGGUUCGCAAGACCAUCUCAUCCGGAAUCUAUUUGGGGCAUAUUAUUUUCAUUGUAGUGGAUAAGAAAAUACAUUUGCCACGUUUUUGAUAGUUGUAUGUUAAAUAUCAAAACAAAUAAAUGUUUUGCUUUUCUCUUGAUUUGAUCAAUAAUUUUCAUUAUUUCUUCUUGUGGUUUAUGUACAAAUUAAUUCCGUGUUUUUAUGUUAUAUGGUAGACAACUUAGAAGAAUCGUGACAAAAAUUAAUCAAACUAAUUUUGUUUUCUAACAAUCAAACAUAGAUGCUACAUUUCAGUUCUGCUCAUACAACAUCUAAGCUAUACAUAAUCAUCUUUAGAAAUAAAACAAUCCUUGUAAAAAGCUGGGGCGCAGGUUCUUGAAUUUUUUGAAUCCGGCCCUUUACUUCAAUCAAACACUAUUUUUCCCAAAAAACGCCACGAAAAAAAUUCUAUAUGAAGGAAAUGUUUUUCAGUGUUUCUCUCAUUUGGUUUGAAGAGAAAAUUAUCACCUUUGAUUGAGUUGGUUUUAAUGACAUUAGAUUUCAAAUACAGGCCGAUAUUUAAUAGAACUACUAUUUUCCGAAACCGUUUAAUGCGCAAUGAAUUGAAUGUACAAAUCACAAGAUUCCCAUUCAAAAAUGGACGGGGCGUACUGAGAAAAGAAAUGCGCUAUCUCGCUCUGGUCCUUUCAAUGGUGAUGGUGGUGAUUUGCGAUGAGAAGAGAAUCUCGCUGUAAGUAUGCCCGGUGAGACAAGCUGUUGAUCUCGGCGAGAGCAUAAGGGCAAAGAGGCGGCUAGCAUCCCUUCGCAUGUGUGUGCGGUAAGCAAUCGCUAGCGCAGCAUGUCGGCGAGUGAUCCGGAGGGCCAGAAAGCGGUGAAGAAAGCAUACUUACCUGGCAUAGGGGUUACCGUGAUCAGCAAGGCGGUUCCCCCAGGGCGAGGCUCUUCCAUUGCACUCUGGGUUGGGUUGACCCCUGCGAUUAUCCCUCAUGUGGAUAACUCGUAUGCGCAAUUUUUGGUAGCCGGGAAGUGCGUCCGCGCACAUCCCGAGUUAAA